GUCACGGCCGCCACUUUGACAAACCUUGUACCUUGGAAAGCGUUCAGCCACCGAACAACGCACUGAAUCACCGUCCCUUUUGAUACAUUCUCGCGCGUACGAUGCGGUCAAGACGAAAUACAUACAAGGCUACCGUGCCUAUGGAGGCGGAUGACCGCCGCAAACGACGAGAAGAGCAGCAGGUCUCUAUCCGUCGUCAAAAGCGCGAGGAGCAAGUGUCUAAGCGCCGACAUUUCUUGCCUUCCUCAGGCGCGGACUCCGACGACGAGGCCAUUGCGGUCGACACGAGCAACAUAGAUAGCGCCAUAACCGGCCUAUUCUCCGAGGACCGCCUCCGCCACCUAGCGUCUGUGGCAACACUUCGAAAAAUCCUAACAACCGCGGACCCACCUAUUGAAAAGAUGAUUGAGCGAGGUGUAGUUCCCAGACUAGUCGCGCUCCUCUCGUUCGACAACGAGAUGCUGCAGUUUGAAGCUGCCUGGGCACUCACCAACAUCGCUGGAGGCACGCCUGAAGAGACGCGUGCGGUACUCGACGCCAACGCGGCGCCGCGGCUCGUACAGCUCCUCUACUCGUCCUCCGCUGGCGUACGCGAGCAGGCGGUCUGGGCGCUUGGCAACAUCGCAGGUGAUGGGCCGCCGGCACGCGCGCAUCUGUUAGAGCGCGGCGCGCUUCGAGGCGUACUUCACGUUCUCGACGAGCCCGCGGAACCUGCCGUCUUGCGCACCGCGGCGUGGACGUUGAGCAACCUCUGCAGACACAUGAGCGCGCGAUUAGACAGCUCCUCGGUUGGGGCUGCGCUUCCUGCCGUCCUUCGCCUACUCGAUACGCCAGAUGGCGAAUUACUCGUUGACGUAUGCUGGGCGCUUACCGAUCUCUGCGAGAAGACGCACGCGCCGCUCGCAGCCCGCAUCGGUGUAUGCCACCCGUUGGUCACCCUCCUCGCUCACCCUUCACCUGGAAUCGUCACGCCCGCACUCCUCGCGCUGAAGAAUAUUACCGCCGCGGACGACAGCGCGACGGACUCGGUCAUCGAAGCGGGAGCUAUCCCGGUCCUCGUCUCGUUGCUUGCCUAUCCUGGCGAAGCAGUCCGCCGCGACGCCGCGCUCGCGCUCUCAAACGUAACCGCCGGCCCUCCAGCGCACAUCCAGGCCGCGCUUGACGCCGGCGCCGUUCCGCCGCUCGUGCGCGCGUGCCAGCAUGGUGAUCCCUCGCUGCGUAAGGAGGCGUGCUGGGCCCUCGCGAACGCGAUCGCGGGCGAGCCCGAGCAGGUGCGCUACCUCGUCUCCGAGGGCGUCGUGCCCCCACUCUGCGGGAUGCUCUCCAUGGGCGACGCCCGCAUCACGCUCGUCGUCCUCGAUGCGCUGUCCAACGUCCUUCGCGUGGGGGAGCUGGACCGCGACGCGGACGAUGAGUGGUCGCUGAACGAGUACGCGCUGCUGCUCGAGGAGGCGGGCGGGCUGGAGGCGGUGCACAAGCUGCUCGAGCACGAUAAUGUGGACGUGUUCAAUCUAGCGUAUCAUAUCAUGUCCACGUACUUUGCGGAAUUGGACGAUGAUUUCUGAAGGGUUUGACGACCCCAGUAGCGGCGAUUGGUACGAUUGAGG